UUUUCGUUGAGUUUCUUGAUUCUCCAGUGGUUUAUCCUUACAUGAGAAAGGAACAGGACAACCACUAUAGAGAAAGUUAAGAUGGCAUGGGGGGUGUUAGAUGACAAUAAGCUGGCAGACGUUCCAGGGACAUCUCUCUUGGGUAAAAGGAACACUGAGGAAUCUGACUCACAGAACCUAAAUCUGAAGACGAAGCGAGGUGUUGUUCUUGUGCCUCAACCAAGUGACAACAUUAAUGAGCCAUACAACUGGUCGGAUGUUAAGAAAAACCUCCUUAUGUGGACGUUGGCCCUGGCGUCUGGAGUUGCCGUCUCGGUUGGGCCUAUAGUUGCCCCUGGUUUUGUCGUCGCUUCUGAAAGAUAUAAAGUAUCACUGGAUCAAGUUUCGACAUUUCUAGUUGGCGUUCUGAUCCUGUCCACUGGAGGAGGUACCUUCUUCACCGCAGCGGCAGCAACCGUCUGGGGCAAACGUCCGGUAUUCAUUAUAUCAACGGGGGUAUUACUAGUAACGUGCAUAUGGGGUUACUUUGCGAAGUCCUUCCAAUCGCUGUGGAUCAUGCGAAUCGUUCAGGGCAUAUCAGCUGCCCCUUUAGAAACCUUGGUAACAUCCACUGUAUCUGAUAUAUUCUUUGUUCACGAACGAGGCGAGAAGCUCGCCAUCUGGAGUAUAGCGAUUGUCUCCGGUAUCAUACUUAGCCAAGUUGUGGCUGGAUAUAUUAUUCAGAAUCUCGGCUUGUUAACUCCCUUCGGCAUCGUAGCAUUAGUAUUAUGCAUACUUCUGCCCGCAAUAUUUUUCCUAGUUCCUGAAACUGCCGACUUACUGCAUAAACCUGGACAGGUUGACGAAAAGCUCAAUACUGCUCACGGCGGCAAAAACGCUUCCAAGAAACCAUAUAGCCAGGAAUUGAAAGUAUUUAAUGGCCGGAUAUCGAAUAAAAGUUUCUGGGUGCUAGCAGCGAAGCCACUAUCUUUGAUCAUGUUCCCAGCAGUCGUCUUCAGCACGUUCAUCCACGGCAGCUUCCUGACAUGGCUCGUGGUAUUCGCCAUUCUAUCCACAAAUAUAUUCUCAGGCCCUCAAUAUGGCCUCACACCCUCCCAAAUAGGCCUGACAAACCUCCCUCUGCUUGGCGUCGCUCUUAUCGGGACCCCGCUUGCCGGUGCCACUGCCGACUGGCUCGUGUGUUUCAUGGCACGGCGAAAUAAGGGUAUCUACGAACCCGAGUUCCGCCUUCUGCUAAUGAUUCCCGCGACGAUAUUCUCCACGGUAGGAUUUAUAGGGUAUGGGCUGAGCAUUGACCGAGGCGCCCCUCUAGCUGUCCCGCUUACUUUCAUGGCUCUGCACUCCCUAUCCAUCCCCUUCGCCACCUCGGCCAGUUUCACAUACGUGCUUGACUGCCAUCCGAAAGAUGCUAACCAGGCAUUUGUCACGAUCAAUUUUUCCAAGGCUGUGUUUAUUUUUAUUGCCAGCAUGUUUGUCAAUGGGUGGUACUCGGCUCAGGGACCAAGGGAGGUUUUCACUUGGAUUACUGUGCUUAAUUUUGCGUUUAGUGUGAUGACGAUCCCGAUGUAUGUCUAUGGGAAAAGGUUUAGGAGCAUUAUUGCCAGGAGUGCUAUUCUUAACAAGCUCUGAGCGAAAUGUUUACAAUUAGCACACAUUCGCCGAUUGCUGUGUGUUGAAUUGCCAGCAGAUACUGGAAGUAUCCGUGUUUCGGGUUUUAUGCCUACCCAAGCUUUGCUACAAUAGAUCUUGCUCCUUUGUUGUGAGACCAUUAUAUUCCUGAGUCUGGCAAUGUGUUCAUAAUCAGGAUCCGUGACAAAGUCUUAUAUUGAUGUGGUGAGCUUGGCUGAGGCCUGGUUAUUUCUUUGAAAAUAUUUCUUCUUCAGCCGAGGCUAAAUAAAUUCCUCGACUUGAGGUUACAAAUGUCCCUUAUAUAUAUAUACAUAGAUUGGGACACGUAUUGCAGCCGGGAAGAACUAUUUGGUACAUUUAAACUUGGGAUUCUUUUUGUUUAUUCGUUUCAUUCAAUCAUAAAAUCCGCAACUAGGAUCCGACUUCAACUGUCAUACAAAGCGCA